AUGCAGUUCAAGGCUUUCCUCGCGGCUGCCUUCGCUGCUACUGCUAUGGCACAGGACAGCUCCCUCGCUUCCGAACUUGCAUCCAUCACAUCAAACCUUGCCACGCUCAGUAUUCCGCUUCCAAGCAACGAGCUUUCAAUCUUUUCUGUCCUGGCAACCGCAGUUCCUCCCGGGUUUGUGACAGCACUCAGUGAUCCUGCAGUUUCGGCUUCCUUCGCAAGCGAGUUGUCUGCUGGCAAUGCCCCUUCCUGGUACUCUGCUCUGCCCUCAGAUGUUAGAAGCUACAUCGAUGGCGCUGCCAGCGCUGCUAGCGCCGCUACAGACAAUGCGUCGUUGUCUUCCGCCGUAGAGUCCAUCACUGCCAGUAUCAGUUCCGUUGCAGCCUCUGUUACCUCUCAACUCAGCGCAGAUGCCAGUUCCGUAGGAGCAUCUGUUAGCUCUCGACUCAGCGCAGCCUCUGCCUCUGCCUCUGCCACCGGCUCAUCAAGCGCGACCUCAACGGGGGGUGCUCCUGCCCCUACUGGCGCCGUUGUUGCUAGUAUGGCGGGUGUUAUCGGCGUAUUGGCUCUUGCCAUCGGGUUGUAA